AUGAAAGUCUCCUCACUCUUGGCCGCAGGCGGUCUAUUGUCCGCUUGCAACGCCUUCCCAAGCCAGCAAAGCACCCUCUAUAGUCGCGAGACGCCCAAAAAGCCGAAUUUUCUAUUCGUCAUUACCGACGACCAAGACCUACAGCUCAAUUCCACGGCAUACACGCCACACAUCCUCCGGCACAUCAAAGACAAAGGCAUCGACUUCACGAACCACUUCGUGACGACGUCACUAUGCUGCCCGUCGCGAGUAAGCCUGUGGACCGGCCGUCAGGCGCACAACACCAACGUCACAGACGUGAAGCCCCCGUGGGGCGGAUACCCCAAGUUCGUGGAGCGCGGGUUCAACGAGGACUGGUUCCCCGUGUGGAUGCAAAACGCGGGCUACAACACGUUCUACACGGGGAAGCUGAUGAACGCGCAGAGCUUAACCACCUACAACAAGCCGUUCGUCAAGGGCUUCAACGGCUCGGACUUCCUGCUUGACCCGCACACUUACUCCUACUACAACUCGACCUACCAGCGUAACCACGAGCCCCCGCGCAACUACGAGGGCCAGUACACGGGCGAUGUGAUUAGCGAGAAGUCGCUGGGGUUUUUGGAAGACGCGCUGCGCGAGGAUCGCCCGUUCUUCUUGACUGUUGCGCCCAUCGCGCCACACUCGGAUAUCUCCCCGUCUAGCUCAAGCAGCGCUGGUCCGACCAUCAUGCGAGAGCCGGUUCCGGCACCGCGACACCGCCACCUCUUCAAGGACGUCAAGGUACCGCGCACAGCGAACUUCAACCCGAAGAACAGCACCGGUGUCAGCUGGGUGAACAAGCUGGAACUCCAGAACCAGACAGUAGUCGACUACCAAGACCACUACUACCGCCAGCGUCUGCGCUCCCUGCAAAGCGUCGACGAGCUCGUCGACAAGCUCGUCACGCGACUCGAAGAGAGCGGCGAGAUCGACAACACGUACAUCAUCUUCUCGUCCGACAACGGCUUCCACAUCGGGCAGCACCGCAUGACCCCCGGAAAGACGACGGGGUACGAGGAGGACAUCCGGGUGCCGUUCUUCAUCCGCGGGCCGGGCAUCUCCGCCGGCCAGACGAGCGACUCGGUCACUACGCACAUCGAUCUGGCACCGACGUUCUUCGAGCUUGCGGGCGUGGACCUGCGGGAGGAUUUCGACGGCACGCCGAUGCCUAUUGCACGGUCGUCGGUGGGGAUUGCGCAUGAACAUGUCACUGUGGAGUUUUGGGGGAAAGCUGUUCUCGAGGGGGAUUAUGCUCGGAUUGGACCAAACGGAACCACCACUAUCAUGAACAACACGUACAAGUCUGCUCGCAUUCUCGGCGACGGAUAUAACCUGUACUACGCGGUAUGGUGCUCCAACGAGCACGAGCUCUACGAUCUUUCGACGGACCCCUACCAAAUAACAAACAUCUACACAAACACCCCGACCGCAACGCACCUCCUCGGCCGGCCGCUACGAAAAGUCCUCGACCGGCUCGACGCCCUCCUCCUGGUCCUCAAAUCCUGCCAAGGCCCCACGUGCAUCAAGCCGUGGAAUGUGCUCCACCCAGAGGGAGGGGUCGCGUCGUUGAAAGAUGCGCUGGCGUCGCAGUACGAUAAAUUUUAUAAUGACCAGCCGAAGGUGUCGUAUAGUGCGUGCGAGGGGGGGUAUAUCGUGGGGUCUGAGGGGCCGCAGGUCGGUCUGGAGUUUAGGGACGGGUUGAGUUGGGACGCUUGGACUUAG